AGAGAGAGAGAGAGAGAGAAAGAGAGAGAAGUAACAAUGGAGCGUCUUAAUAGGCCAAAUCGUAGUGAUAUUCAUUUGUCUAAAGAGGAAGAAGUAAAGAUUGAGGAAGAAACAAGAGAUUAUUUUGAUGGUUUGGCACCAAAACGCCACACAAAACCUCAGAGGAGUGAGUAUUCUUCCGCUUAUACUGAUACCCUAAACUCCAUUAAUGAUGUCAAUAAUCCUGAAUAUGCUGAAUUCCAACGUCUGGAAAAGGAAACUCAGAAACUGGUUUACGAAGGAAGCAAACCAGCUGAGGAGUUUAUGGAAACUGAGUAUUACAAUGACCUCAAUUGCAUCGACAAGCAACAUCACAGGACUGGAGCAGGGUUCAUACAAGGGGAGAACACAAAUGGGGUUUCCUUCAGCAUAGCACCAGAUUCUGCAGCUGAACCUCAUGCCUCAUGCAAGGGAAAUCCUGCUACUAAUGACUGGACUCCAUCUUCUGCUGAUAUGAAGAAUUUUGUAUCUGACAAGCCAAAAAGGAGUGACAACUGAAAUGGAGGAUACAAGUCAUUCUUGAACAAGCUGCAAAUUAUUGCAAUUUCAUCAUCUUCAUUUCAUGUUGCAAGCAUUUCUAUUACUAAAUAUUGUAUUCCCAACUAUGCCUGCAUUUCUAUGAUUGGAGCUGUAUUUCCAAGUGUGCUAGCAGCAAUAUGAACUUUCCAUAUGUAUUAUCAUUUUCUAUAAUAAGAGUAGAGUUCAUUUCUUUCCUUUCA